AGUAUUUUUCAGCAGUUCGGUUCUACUCACAGAGCAAAGAAGCCAAAUUGAGUUGGAAAGACUGUUGAGUUAUUGGAUGCCAUCAUGAUUGUGAAGCUACUUAUAUUACUGCCGCUAGUGGUGACCAUCCAAGCCAGGCAUCAAGAAGAUGACUACAGUGGUCCGUUCCUACCUAAUGGCUGUCCAACCGAUUUCGAGGUCCAUUGGCUCCUACGACACGAUACCGAAUGCAGUAAAUUCUACUAUUGUAAUUUCGGAGAGAGGGUAGAAAGGGACUGUUCCGAUGGUACUGUAUUUAACUACUGGGCCAACCCUGGACCGGUUUGCGACUGGCCCAGAAACGUGGAUUGCGAUGCUCUUUACCCACCACCAACCGAAGACUCACCAGCACCAACCGACGGCACAACUACAUCACCAGACACAUGCCCACCCACAGGUACAUGCCCACCACCACCUGACUGCGAUCAUGACUGCGAAAGUGACUGCGUUAAACCAUGGCCUCACGCAACCGAUUGCGAUAAACUCUGGAUAUGCAAAGAUGGCGUGGCUACCGUAGUUACUUGCUCUGAAGGUCUUCACUUCAAUGCUGAGACUGGCACGUGUGAUUUCAUUUGUAACGCCGGCUGUGUAAGGAGACAUCCACAAACUACGUCUCAUUGGCAUGGUGUUCAGUUCUUCAUGCCCUGGGAAGCGGUUGACGAGGAACUGAGAAAUACUCACCACAUCCGAGACGAAUCGACGACAAAGAAAAUUAAUUCUCUGUUAAGACGUUAAAAGAAAAAAAAACUGAUUUUGUAACUUCGUAAAUAAAUACUUCAAAGAAUCAAUUUUACGA